AUGAACUUGAACAACAACACCAAGUACACACUUAUUCAGGAUAUACACCGGGACAUCACUAUUAUUAAGGCAAACAGCAGUAUUUUGAACACGCCCCUCCCAAAAAAGAACGCGAUGAACACUCGCACUUGGACCCAAGUCGCGUCCUCACCAGCCGCACCUCCUUCCCUACAGCGCACCAUGAGCGGGAUAUCCUCCACAGCAGCCUCAAUCGAGAGCCCAAAGCAUAAGGAGAUAGUCAUCAGAUACAAAGGGAAUAAGGCAGUACUAUACGCACAGAGAAAGCUAAGGCCUAGUGAGCUAGUCAAAAAGCUCAACGUGGCGCUCACGUCCACGGAAGACACGCUGAUCAUGGCAGCCAAGUUCAAGGCAGCCAGAAUUAACGGCAGAGGGUCGAUUGUCGCACACACGGAGACCGUAGCACAAGCGGAGACCCUGCGCAGGCACAAAGAGGAAAGGAAGGGAUUCGUGGCAAUAGAAGCGGAGAUAAUGCUGCCAGUCAACCCAGUAAUCGUACAUGGGACACCAAUCCAAUCCAUUGACCCAGGGAAUAAGGUAGCAUUCAUUGAACAGCUCAGGAUCGAAAAUAGACAAGUAAUAGCAUAA